CCUCUCAGCAGAUGAGCCCACCUCCCCCAAGAAGCCAAAGAGUGUCCCUGAGCCCACACCCAGAGACACGGACGCUGAAGUCACCUCUUCCCAACCCUCCGAAUGGACUUCAGUGAGGAUUGGUCCAGGAGAGGAUGCAGUCGGACAGGAUGUGCUGGCUGUGCGGGUCCUAGUCACCAGUGAGGACAGCAGUUCUGAUUCAGAAUCUGACUAUGGUGGCAUCAGAGUGCCCUGUGCAAAGGCCUGCGAAGAGAGGCCCCAACUUCCAGCAUCUCCACCUCCUUCAAAGCCCCCGACCCGGCACUUUUCCCUGCAGGAGCCCCUGACCAAAUCAGCCUCUCUGCUACACCACAAGGAGCCACUAGCUCUGCCUGCACUGCAAAGGACCUACAGCCUCCAGUCUCCAACUCCAAGCAAAUACCAGAGCUGGGGAAGAAAAUUCCAGUCCUAUUCAACACCCAUGACCAGAAGAGCAUCACUGCCUCCCAAGGAGUCUCGUCCUCCUUCAUCUUUACCUUCUUCAUCUUCCCUGCCAUCUUCGUUUUCUUCAAUUAGUGUACCUGAGCGCACUUCAGAUAAUUCCUCCUCUCCUCAGGUGCCAGCUUAUGACCUCCACUCCCUGCCUAUCUCCAGAGGUGAUUUUAGCCCCACUCCACUCUACCUGAGACGCGCCAGGGCUCAAGGGAUCUCGAAGGAAAUUCCUCUCUAUCUGCCUCAUAGCCCCGUGCUGGAGAGCACAGGCCUGGUGAGUUCUGGUGGAGAAGACCUCAGCAGCCCUGGCAAGACGGCUUCAGAGGACUGCCAGAAAACCUGGGCUCCUCCCAUGAGCACCAAAAGCAUGAACCCCAUCGCAGGGAAAGAUCAGUGUUUGUCCAAUCAAAACCUAACUCUUGGGACUGCAAGGAACCCAAGAGAAGUGAGUGAGGGACCCAGGAGGGAACAGACAGGUGGCCCAGGGCUGUCUGCAGAAAAGAAGCUGGGUUUGAAGAAAAUAACCCUCACACAGGAGCAGAAGAACAAGUUACUAGACUGGAAUGACCCUACCCCUGAGCGCGGGGCUGGGGAGCGACUCUCCCAAGAAAGAGCUGAAAAUGGAAGAGGUCAUACCCCGAAACCAUUCUGCUCCUCUACCCUCCCUCAGGCAGUGAAAGAGAAGCUGCUAUCCCAGACAGGGGUCCAGGAGGAAAUAUGCACCCCAGCUGGCAAGUCGCCUCGGGAGCGAGAACAGCCUCCACCCAAGUCUCCCCUGAAGUACAUAGCAAAUGCCAUCCGAAAGUCUCUGCACCUCAGUUCUGAAGGUGGAAAGAAGACCUGCCCUAAGCCAGAGUCAAAUACCUUGCCUCGGGGCCAACCACAUGGCUUCACUCGUUCCUUUAGUUUUCGGAAACCCAGUUCCAAUAAAGAUAAAGACCAGCAGUCUCCAGUGAGACAUAUGGCCAAGAGGGCUUCAGCCUUCUUCUCUCUGGCUUCUCCAACUUCUAAAGCUACCCCGGCCUCAGACCUUAGCCUUCCUGACCCUAUCCUCCGCUCCCGGAGUUUGCCCACUCGUCCAUCCAAGACGUUCUCUACAACCACAUCCCCACCACCCCAUGGCAAGAUUGAGGAUGUCCCCACCCUCCUGGAGAAAGUGAGUUUGCAGGAUGCCACCCACGUUCCAAAGAAACGAGCCUCACGUAUUUCCUCCCUUGGCCUCAAAGAUAAAUCCUUUGAGAGUUUUCUCCAGGAAUGCAAGCAAAGAAAAGACGUUGGGGAUUUCUUUAGCAGCCCCAAGGAGAAGGGGCCACCCGGGAACAGAGUCCCAUCCUUGGAGACGCUGGUAGAGCCUUUUGGCAGCACCUCGCUGAGGCAGGUGGCACAUCUUCCUUCUACAGGGCAGGAUGCACGCCUUGGAGCUCCACUGACAGAGGCCACCUCUUCUCCCUCGUCUCCCACCUCCUCCUCUGCAGAGGAAGAUGCUGGCUCCCAGUCUUCCUCACUGCUAAAGGAGAAGAUACCCAGCAGAAGAAGGAAGCUGGAGAAGCAGAUGGUUAAGCAAGAAGAAUUGAAAAGACUCCAUAAGGCUCAGGCCAUCCAGAGGCAGCUAGAGGAGGUGGAGGAGCGGCAGAGGAUCUCGGAGAUCCAGGGUGUGAGGCUGGAGAAGGUGCUGAGAGGAGAAGCAGCAGAUUCAGGGACACAGGACGAAGCCCAGCUUUUGCAGGAAUGGUUUAAGCUGGUUCUGGAGAAGAAUAAAUUAAUGCGCUAUGAGUCGGAGCUACUGAUCAUGGCCCAGGAGCUAGAACUAGAAGAUCACCAAAGGAGACUGGAGCAGAAGCUACGACAGAAGAUGCUCAAGGAUGAGGGCCAGAAAGACGAGAAUGAUCAAAAGGAGGAGCAAGAAAUAUUCAAGCAGAUGAUUCAGGUGAUUGAGCAAAGAAACAAGCUUGUGGAUUCUCUGGAGGAACAGCGUGUCAAGGAAAGAACCCAAGACCAACACUUUGAAAACUUCGUUUUCUCCAGAGGCUGUCAACUCAGCAGGACUUAGGUGUCCCUCCCCCACUGAAGCCAGAGAACCAAGAGCGCCACCCUUUCUUACCCAGGCACUGAAU